GGGAAUUCAAGUGGCACUACAACGUAACAACGUCCGCUGCUCAACCGGCUUUCGAUUUAAUGUUGACCGCUACGAUUGGCUACUCUCAAAAGUUUGCUCGAACUGAUUGUGAAGCAAGUCUUGUAAGGCGGACGAGGAUGAAUUGCCGUCAAAGUUCUUAUGUUCUCAUUUUGUAGAGAUAUCAUCUCUUCGGGAAGUUAAGAUGAAGAUUGCUGUGGAAGGAUGUGCGCACGGUGACCUCGAGAAUAUAUACGCAACUCUGCAGCAUUUGGAGCUGGUUCAAAAUACGAAAAUUGACCUCUUGAUCUGUUGCGGCGAUUUUCAGGCAAUCAGAAAUGAGCACGAUAUGGAGUGUUUAGCCUGUCCGGCGAAGUAUCGUGAAAUUGGAAGCUUUUGGAAGUACUACUCAGGAAUUGAGAAAGCACCCUACCCCACCAUUUUUGUGGGAGGUAACCACGAGGCAUCUAAUUAUUUGUGGGAGCUAUAUUAUGGCGGCUGGGCAGCUCCAGAUAUUUACUUCAUGGGAUUCGCUGGCGUGAUAAAUUUUGGGGGUGUACGCAUUGGAGGUCUUUCUGGCAUAUACAAACCGAAGGACUAUCGAUCAGGGCAUUAUGAACGCGCUCCUUAUAAUGAGAGUGAUAUGAGGUCAAUAUACCAUAUACGAGAAUAUGAUGUGAACAAGCUUUUGCAAGUGAAAGAUACAGUGGAUAUUUUUAUUUCGCACGACUGGCCAUGUGGUGUUGUCAAUUUUGGAGACAAGCAAGGUCUCCUCCGUCGGAAGGCGUAUUUUCAACAGGAGGUUGAGCAAAACAAUCUCGGAAGCAAACCGGCGAUGCAAAUCCUGCAGAAGCUAAAACCAUCAUACUGGUUCUCUGCUCAUCUACAUACGAAGUUUGCUGCUCUGGUCCACCAUCAAGACGGCUCAGCUACAAAGUUUCUUGCUCUGGAUAAAUGUCUUCCUGGACGUGACUUUUUGCAGGUACUUGAGGUACCCAGCGGGGAUGGACCGUUUGAGUUCAAGUUAGACGAAGAAUGGUUAGCCAUAACACGCGCUUAUCACCCUUUUCUGCCUCUCACCAGAAGGCCUGCUGUUUAUCCACAGGACAUAUCGUUGGAGUCACACAGGCUGUGGGUGAAGGAACUUUUAAGUGUUCAUGGCAAAGACAGCCUUCCAGAGUUUGCCACGACAGCUGAGCCUUAUAACCCAACCCAGGGUGGCAAUGAACGUCAUCUUCAUGCCUUAAAUCGUGCAGGUCACACCAGAAAUCAACAGACAGAAGCCUUGAUAGAGGCAUUGGAGCUGGAGUACACUUUCGAUGGACCUGGUGGUGGUGACACCAUCAACCAAUAUAGCACUGUUGCGGAUCCUGAUGAAAUUCCACUUGACGAUGAAGAGGAUAUUGAUGCUCAAGUCGAAAAUGAUGAUGAGGCUGAAGCGGCCGCUACAGCAGUGAUUCUUCCCGAACAUGUAAAUGAUCCAAACGAAAUUUGUUUGAGCGAAAGUGACUUUGUCUAAAAUCAGUGAAGCUCAAUUCAUGAGAGAUGUGAGUAGCAAUGAGAUGUAUAUAUAUGUUGGUUUGCUGCCUUGUGGCAGUAAAUCAAAGCGGUUCAAAGGAACAAGUUUGCCGAACUGAAGCUAAGGACAAGUAAAGGGCCUCAUUUGGUAAACUGUACUGGAGCAUCGUUCUUGCCUUCGUUCCCUUAUGAUUGCUGGAGUCUUCUGUAUACUACCCUAAGAUCUGAGUGAAGAAAGUAGUGUGCACCAAUUUAGAAGUGGAUAACACUUACCUUCUUCAUUCACAAGUAGGAGAAUGCGCCAUCUCGGAUUUAUCAGGCUAACAUGACUAUCACGAUACUGAACAGUCAAAUGUCUUGCAAUAGACCAUUGUUAACUGCGUGGGGUUGUUUUGGCCUCGAUACCUACAUUCACAAGCUCACACCAGUCACAACAAUUUUAGAAGAGUCCCAAUAGUGCUCAGUGCUCAUGGUUUUAGAUACAUAGGGUUCACUCGAGAGGUAAGGCUCAACGCAAUUGGGAACGCAAAUGAAGGAUGUUUGACAGUCCAGUUUUGUUGAUGAUAUUUUAAAAAAGAUGAAUUCAUAAGUAUGCACGGAAUGAUGCGG